GAUGCAACGAACGGUUUACAGCGGCAAAACGGAGAACAAAUAACUGAACAGUUAAUUAAAUGAAUUUGGGCGAAAAACUCGCUUAUGCGGUUAAAAGUGCAAGCGUAAUAAAUAAGAAUAAAAACAGAAAAAUCAUUAGUAAACGGUGCGGUUGAGUUAAUUUAAAUUGACACCCGACAUCGUAGGCUCUUUUGAAAAAAACAAAUAUAUAUAAACAUACAUAUGGCGCACUACUGCCCAUCAUUUUGACUGUCUUUACGCGCAACGGAAAACUCGAGUAAAAUUCUUAAAGUAAACUUAAUGCAAAUGCGAUUCUCGUUGUAAGUGCAACAACAAACAACAACCUUGAAAUGUCCCUUCUCAAGCGGAUCAAGAAAAAUACCAUAUAAACUAUCGAAAAUCAUAUAAAUUGAAAACAAGUGAAAAUGUGCAAAUAUGCAGCAGUGAUGAAAUCAAUUACAAACACAACAAAUACAACGCAUACACUGACAUUUCUCAAAUCGAAUUACAAAUACAAACGCAGAUACUUCACGCAAAUGCCCAAUUCGAAUGCAAACGAAAUGCAGCAUCCACAAUUGAAGCUCACUGCAAUUGAGGAAUCAGAAAAGGAGGUGAUGGUGGUCAAUUGCAUCGAUGCCAAAAAUGCAUUAAAUAAUGCAAUUAAUCAAAUAAUCAACACUAAUCGAAUUACAUAUGAAAUUAAAUUAAUUUUAAAAUUCUUUAUUUUGUUUGUCGGCAAUCUACUGACGCAAUCUUCUUGCCAUACAUGCAAACACAACCACAGCCACAGCCGCAUUUGCGGUAAUGUGGCGCUAGCGCAAAGCUCUGAAGAUGUCGUUGGAAACUUUGAUGACACGAGCCAUGAACAGCGAAAUUAUGAUAAAGUGUCAACCAGGCGAUGCCAAACAGCUACGCUCCAUUAUUGGCGACAUCAGCAAAAUCGGCUACAGCUGCAACAACAACAACAACAACAAAUAGUAGAUUUAGCGCGUAAUCAAAGCAGACGUAACAGCAAUCACGGCAGCCGUCGCUGCAAUGACAGCAAUUGGCAAGAUUUAUCGCCGGUGGUCGCGCGGCUCUCAACAAAAGCAACAACAAUUGUGCAACGACACGCAUCAUCAGCCGCCAGCAAUGGACGCAUUAAUGUGCUCUCAACACUGGCGGCAAUAUUAUUUAUGGCAUUGGCAUUCAACGCGCCGCCUCUAGUGGAUGCCGGCGCGUGCUGGCAUUCGUCUCAAAGCAAUGGCAAAUGCAGUGAAAUUUACUUACGGAACAGCACAAAGGUGGAGUGUUGUCGGUAUCCGGAACUUUUCUACACUGACAGAGAUGUAACUGAUGUGGAAUUCUUUUUCGCAACCACCGUUGGUGAUGGCAUGACCUGCUCACCUUGUGCUUUGAGCUGUAAGAGCAUGCAAUGCGGUUGGAAUAAGAAGUGCGUCAAGCGCAAAGGCCGACCAAAAUGCAUUUGCGCGCCCGAAUGCGGAGCGGCAAAGCGACAUAAACAACGAGGCCAACAGAAGAUUUUUCGUGGACACGAACCACAUAGUGAAAAAUUACGGCUUAACAGGCACAUUGUGCUGGAAAGUGAUGGCACCAGUGCGGUCAGUGGUGCCAGUGGUAGUGGUGGUGAUGGUGUUGUAAGUGGCAAAGCAGGUAUAGAAGCCAACAGCGGCUCAACAUUCUUCGUCGAAGACAAGUCGCCACGCGACAUACGUAGUUUAAGUAGCGAAAUUACAAAUGUUAAUUUAGGUGUCGAACACCAAAUGCAAAUGCAAAAUCAAAACCAAAGAAAAAUGAUUACAAUGCAAAGUCAAAGCCAACAGAAGCCUCAGUUAAAUAGACGAGUAGAGAAACCGGGAAGACUUUUGAUAACAGCCAAUGCCGAACAUGAUACUGAGAAACCCGUCCAACGACGACUACAGAUAUUUAGUAAUGUAAGAACGAAUAGCAGACAUCACCGAACUUUUAAUCAAGAUAAUGUCGAUGAUGAAUUCAAUGAUGAAGACGAUGAAGAAAACCAGGACAGUGCUGAUGAUUCUGAGGACCGUGAACUUGAUGACAACGAUGAAAAUGAAAAUAAUGAUGGUGAUAUUGAUGAUUGGUUAGAUGAUGUCAGCGAAGAGUCGACUGGCAACCAUCGCAGAAGUAGCGAUGAUUCAAGAAGAUCCCCGCCGCCAGAGUCACGAAGAGACUUAAACUUGCCGUCUAGACAUAAAACAAAUAAAAAUUCAAAUCACAACAAUAAAAAGAGAAGACAACAUGAAAAUGAAAUGGAGCUGGGUAAGCGCCAGCAGGAGAAUAGCAACAACAAUAAUCUCGCAAUAAUAAAGCGUUUUCAACCAGCGGCAUCACCACCAUUACCAUCAACAUCAAAUGCCAGACGGCUCGAGAAAGCUCCAAGUCACGAUGAUGCACUGUUCGCUACAGCACCCAUAGCAAACGGUAAUAGUGCCAACAACAACAAAGGCAAUGGCAAGAGCAACGCUAAUGGAGGCAGACAACGUGAACGUCAUCACCAUCAGCAGCAGCAACAGCAACAACGUAAACGCAAACAACAUCAACAUCAGAAACAACAGCAGCAACAACAAGAACAGCAACGCAAUCACCGCGCGCAUAAGAAGCACAAGAAGCUUAAGGAUCACAAUGCUUAUAAUAAUGGCAACAAUUUGCGCACGCGUACUUCGUCUGCAACAUCCUCGUUGGCAGCCCGCAAUGAUAACAUUGCUCCAGCAACAACAACAAUCAUCACUAUGCCCACGACAAUGGCUUGGCAGACAACAGCUGCUACCACUCCCGUAAAUUCCAUGUCGCCGUCUGAUGAUCGUCGUUUAUUAAAUCACGGAAGUCAUACAGCAAAAUCAUCGUCAUCGUCAGUGCCAGCGUUGUCGAGAGCAAUGCAACGAAAAACAAGCACAACGUCGGAGGAGUUUUUUGGCGAAGGUGUUUCUGCUGACGUUAGCAAAUCAUCUCUUAAUUCAGAUGACUCGGCAUUACUCGAUGGAAUUUACGAUAAUUUCAAUGUUUACGGAUUCCCAAAUCGCCAAUUUGAAGUUGCGGUAGAAAAUUUCCACGGCCCACAUCCGGUCUGUGGUACCGAUGGUCGCACCUAUAACACGGAAUGUCAAUUGAAAAAACGUGCCUGCCGCACUAAUAAUCCAUCGCUGACUAUCGCAUAUCGGGGACACUGUCGGACUUCUUGUAACGGAGUUAAAUGCCUCAAUGGUCUUACAUGUGUUGAAGAUCAAUACACGAUACCCCACUGUAUCGCUUGUAAAAUUGAUUGCCCUGAAGAUGAUGCUGCUGCGAUGGCAUCACUAGCAAUUGAUCCAACACGCGCUGUCUGCGGUGUCGAUGGCAAAACGUAUCGUAGUGUUUGUGAUAUAAAUCAAAUGAUUUGCAAAAGUGGGCGUUCAGUUGCAGUCGCCUAUCCGGGACCAUGUCGGGCCGAUCGUCCCACUUGCGGCGAAAUAAACUGUGGCCACAAGCACACCUGUCUGGUAGAUUUACUAACUCACGAGCCGCGCUGUGUGUCCUGUAGUUAUAAAUGCGCAAGGAAACGACGACCAUCGUCUCUACGUUUUGAAGAGGGCAAAAUUUGUGGUGUGAACAAUCGAACAUAUAAUUCGUGGUGUGAAUUGCGGCGAGAUUCCUGCAACACUGGCUUUCUGAUCGACGUUAAAUCGCCAGGAGAAUGUCAUUAAAACAAAAUAAAAAGAAGAAAAUUAAAUAAAUUAAUAUAAUCUAUCAAGAACAGGUCCUUAGAAAAAUACAUAUAUAUAUACAUACGUUUAUAUGCAUACAUACGUAUGUAAACGUGAAUUCCCAAAAACACUUUGACAACCUUAGUUAGUCUUCCACAGAGCAAAUUAAAAUAAAUUAACUCCUUAUAUGAAGCGAUUAUUAUUGGCUGGUAUUUUAAAAAACAAAAAAAGAAAUGUAACUUUUGAUUACAUAUGUAUUAGGCCUCUUCGUUUCGCCGAGCGUUAGCAAGUGGCGAAUAGAUGAAGCAAUUGAUAUCAACAUAGCUUGGUAGCGCUGGAAGAGCUGCCAAAAAUUGCAUUUGUUUGUGAAAGUAGUGAGUUAAACCAGUUUUGUGAGAUGUAACCGUACUCGCUAGCGGCGAAUGUUGCUCGAUAACUCUGUUUUUGCUUUCAUAAGCACAAUUUUCGUCAAGUGAGCAGAGCCCAGAGCUAGCGAGCAGAGAAGUGGCGAAACGAAGGCACCUAUUAUUUAUAAAUAUGUGUGUAUAUAUUGUUUGUUCGCAGUCAAAAAAAAAACGAACCAAGCUAUGUAAGUUCCCUAUAACCUUUUUGUGCCAGUUAAUUUGUUUGUUUUCAAUAUUAGUCCUUAGAUGCUUCCAAAGAUAUUUAUACAUACAUACAUCAUCAUUGAUUAAUUCUUUUAGCAAGUAGUAAACCACUUAAUUUAUUAUUUGUAUACAUAUAUACAUACGAAAAUACUUAUCGAUGCUGUAAUUACAUUUAUAAGAUAGCCAAUUUAGCUAUUUAAAUCGACUCGUAAAUGUUAACGAUUUCAAACACUUACACACAUACAUACAUGCAUAUAACAUAUGCCAAGCAAACGCCUAAAUAUAGGCAUUCUACUUACACUCCGCGCCACUUGAAUAGUACAUCCAGCAAUUUUUUUUCUUUAAUUUUCAAAUCGUCUGAAUUAGAGGACAUAAAGCGCAGAAAGAAAAAAAUCAAUGCCUUUACGGCAAGUUUUUAUAAAUAUUCUUGGAUAUAAACUAAAAAAAAUGUAUCCUGAAUUUUGCGCACAUUCUCUCAAAAAUGUCUUUAUUAAAAGGAACGACUUGGAAAAUAUAUAUUUUUUUACUGUUACAUGUAUUACGUCACAUAUAUUAUACUAUAUAAUAUUAAGAGUGGGCGGAGCCUCUUUUUUGUUAACCAUAACUUUGCAUAUCCUGAAUGAGAUCGCGGACCUGGUAGCCCAGGCUUGUUUGAUGGCCUCGAUAAGAUCGGGUGUGAUCGAGUAUUGCUGUCCCGACCCAGAAACUUAUCGGGUCAACUUUCCCCAAACGUUUUCAAUAAUAUUUAAAUCCGCUGAAUAUGAUGGCCCGUUCAUUAGCGAUAUGUUUUGGCUAUGUAUAUACAAUUUUGCAAUACGGGUAGUAAAAAUAUGAGCACGAUUGAAAUGCCAUGACAAAAAAUGUGAAGGUCGUUUGUAGUGUCACUUUCUUUCACAUUUUCACUCAUUUGACAAAAAUGCGGCAGUCUCUAUCAAUGAUUUUCCUCGACCCAUUAAAACUUUUAUUUUUAUCAAAACAAAACAAAAAUUUGUGUUGAAAAGCUGAGUAUAGACACACAAAGCAGGGCGUAAGAUAAAACUGUUAUGCAUUAAAUACAUAGUUUAGAAUUAUUGGCAUUCAAAACGAGAGUUUGCAAAGUGCACUAUUCAAGUGAGGCCGGCGGUACACACAUACGUAGAUACACAUAAUCAUAAUAAUAAAAUUAAAUAGUAAAAACAUAACUUAAGAGGCUUUUAAAAUAUAAAAUACAUACAUAUGUACUUCGAUUAGCACACACACAUAUGCAUGCAGUCACAUAUGUAGAUGCAUUCAUAUGUAUUACAUUAGCAUAAACGAAUUAGUAGAUUUAUGAAAUUUGUAGUCCAUAAUUAAAUAAUAUAAAUUAAUUUAUUACUUGUCAUUAUUAUUAUCAUUUAUAUUAUUAUUAUUAUUAUUUUUUUUAAAUGUCACAGUUAAAUUUUUAUUGAUGCUAUUUUACCUACAUAUAUACAUACAUAUAUAAUGAUAUGAGUAUGGAGGUACAUACGUACAUGCAUAUAAACAUUCAUACAUACACACAUACAUACAUACAUAUAUGAUCAAAUAUACUAUCGAAUGUAUUUAUUUACAAUUAAAUUUUACUUAACUGACUGAUAGAUUAACAAACAAAAAUUAGCGAGAAAUUUAAUUGAUUGUUGAAAGUUGUAAUUUAAAUUAGAAAGAAAAACACACAUAAAUAUAUAAAUAAAUAUACAUACUUUACUAACCCAUCUCUCUAUGUGCGAAUAUUAAAUAAAUUCAAAUAAAGUAACUAAAAAUGAAAAAAAAAGAAUUUUUUAAUUACCUAAUAUGUAAGUAAGUAUGAAAAGAUCACCAAUGGGAUGAUGAU